CAUUACUGUAGGAGGCCACGACUGCAGACAGGACUCACAAGAGUGGCCAACGACACUGCUCGGCUACUUCCUGGUUGCACUCUCAACGAGCUUCUGAGCUUAUGCCAGCCUGGUCUUCCUCCUUAGACAAAAGAAAACCCUGGGAACAGGAAGAAGGCCGUCAAGAGGCCAGAGGAAGCCAUCGUCAUGAGAAAGUUGUUCCGAUUGAACACUUUGGGAUUCGUUGUCUGCGUCGUACUGAUCCCCUUCGUCCUUCACCGCAAGCUGAAGACCCGCCGAGGCACCGUUCUGAUUCUGCGUGAAGGACAUCACCCUUACAUACGUCAUAAUCUCCGCCUUCUAUCUCUAGGAACCCGUCGAAAGAAUCGAUCCUGCCCAAACAAGUACGAUCGCCAAGUGACCAAUGCCUUGAAACUUUCCGACCAGUUCAUCCGUGAAAAACUUCUCACAAGUGCACAUUACAACCGAACAAUCACAUACGAAGACAACUCGACGUUCCCCAAAACUGCAGUGAACGAUUUGUUUCCUUACUCUGCGUUUCUCAACACGAGUAAAGACGUCCGGCAAGUAGACAUUAUCAGCAUAGCUCCCACACACAAGGGAGAACACAACAAGAUACAAGAGCGGACGACCUGCUAUAUUAACUUCGAAAAUUCCACCAUUUCUACACCUGUCGUAUUAAGUUAUGUGUUUGAACACAUGGAAUCAAGCUACAGUACCGCGUUCAUAUCGUGCCGCUAUCCACCCCACAUUCGGUCGGUACCAGUCAGGGUCGCCUUGGCGACCACAGGAAGCAGAAGUUACCUUCGCUGGCUAAAUGUGCAGUAUUCUAGUCGUAACCACGGUUCCAGGCAUGGGGACCGAAAAGUUCUGCUCACUCUAUGCGUGGGGCCUUUAUACGAAGGCUACAAUCAACUGUCGCAGAUUGUCGAGUUCUUCGCCUAUUAUAGCGUCAUGGGCAUAGAGCACUUUCACCUUUAUCUGACAGAUGUACCGAGAGAAGUAGCAGCGCUUCUUCAGCUGAUCAAGUUCAGUGCAAAUGUGAGCAUCAGCUUUCACUUAUGGAAUGUUGACAUAAACGCAUCGCGCGUUGCUUUUUAUGGACAAAUGGGUACCAUUCAGGACUGCAUCUACCGCUCUAAGACAACUUCAGAAUACACCGUUCACGUCGACUUCGACGAGUUUCUAGUUCCGAGUGACAACAAAACGCUUGCGCAGAAAGUUCUUGAAUUGGAAAACACUACAGAGAAAAAGAAGUUGGGCAGUUUGGUUGCUCCAAACUGGUUCUUCUGCUAUGAAUACCCACCAAGACAAAACGCUUUGUGGGAGAGGCCGCUGAUGCUAAGCCGCAUAUUAGUCGUCCGCGAGCGCACGCCCUGGGAACAUAAUGUACGCUCCAAGUACAUCGCCUCCACCAGCGCCACUAUCGUAGGCGGCGUGCACUACGUCUUAGAAGCGGCGAACGGCAGUGAACACGUCCGAGUGUCGGCGAACACACUUGUUGUGAACCACUACAGGCGGUGCUGUGGACUCGUGAAUGAGAAAGCCGAGCGGGCUCUGGUACCGGACGAGCCGGACUUGCCUGAUGUAGUAAACGACUACAGAAUCCAAGCUUACGGAAUGCAAGUUUUAGCGUCGCCAGUUAUUGCGGUAAUCCAAAAACUAGGAGAGUUGCCUUAAACGUCCAGGACGGGUGCUGGAGAGUGAAUAUUAGUUUGGAUGCACUUGAUCAUGAUGUUAUUGCAUGCUACCUCUUUGCCGUAGCGGCUGAACAAUGUAUAUAAGCUAGUCAUCAGUACCGAUUGUGUUUAACUUAAUAAAGAAUAUCAUGUGUCUAAAGUAUUGCGAAAUAACUUGUGUACGUACGAGUUGCGUCUACUUUGACAAGAACACUGACAUGAGGGGAAAGUCAUUUCGCUCCUGUUUCAAUGUGAACAGGCU